UUUACGUAGUUGUGCGUCAACUCCCCAGUCCCCCCACCAUCACCGUUCUACAGAGGAAGAAAGGGGGAGACGGGCAACCUAUACAGAACGCUUUCAUACAAAUAUGAGCGGCAGCGGGCGGCCCAGGACCAGCUCCUUCGCUGAGCCUCCCGGAGCUCCCGGGUCCGCUGCAGCCGGUGCCGGAUCAGCAGCAGCCGGUGGGAGCUCGACAGGAAAGACUGGGGCUUCAACAGCCAGUGGAACCAGCUCGACGAGCUUCGGGAAUCUGAAACUGCCUAGAGACAGUGGCAAGGUGACGACGGUGGUAGCCACACCCGGCCAGGGCCCCGACCGCCCACAGGAAGUCUCUUAUACAGACAUAAAGGUUAUAGGGAAUGGCUCCUUUGGGGUGGUCUACCAGGCUCGCCUCAUCGACAGCCAGGAGAUGGUGGCCAUUAAGAAAGUUCUCCAAGACAAGAGGUUCAAGAAUAGGGAGCUGCAAAUUAUGAGGAAAUUGGACCACUGCAACAUUGUGAGGCUACGUUACUUCUUCUACUCCAGUGGAGAGAAGAAAGAUGAGGUGUAUUUGAAUCUGGUGCUGGACUUCGUUCCCGAGACCGUGUACAGGGUGGCUCGGCACUUCAACAAGGCAAAGACCACCAUCCCCAUCAUCUAUGUUAAGGUGUACAUGUACCAGCUGUUCCGCAGUCUGGCUUAUAUCCAUUCCCAGGGCGUGUGUCACAGAGACAUCAAACCCCAGAACCUGCUGGUGGACCCGGAGACGGCCAUCCUCAAACUCUGUGACUUUGGCAGGUCAGUACCAGACUCUGCCUGUGGACAUCAAGUCUGUCUCCCAUCAUCCUGUGCAUUGUUGUGACUGUCUGUGUGUCUG